UACUUAGCAACGGUAUUGGGCUCAGCAGAGCUUUUAAGUAAUGGAGAACAGCUUUGCAGCCCCGCAGUGGCUACUAAAAGCAAGGACAAUCAUUGAAAAUUCGCAGGAGUGGAAGGCUUUCACUGCAGACCUGUUCGAGGCUGUGCAGCAGCAGCAGACAGAGAAUCAUGUCAGCUUCUUCGCUGACCUCUCUGAGGCAGAAAAAGCCCUGUUUCUUGAGAGAGCAGCUAAGGCAAUCUGUAGAGGGAAUGCCCACAAAGAUGUAAUCGCUCACAUCGGCUCCAGCCUUGAGAAUAUACUGAGCGGAGUUGUUGCUGCACAGAUGAGUGACAGUGGGGCUGUGUCUACAAAAUCAGAUCUCUUCCAGAGCCACGUCAGGGAUGGGAUGGUUAAUCUCUUACACAAAUGGCCAGAUAUGAAAAGCAAACUGCACAUUCUCUUCAAUCAUUCUUUACCAUCGGAGAUCCGAAAGGUGGCCUGGAGACUCUAUCUCUCCAACACAAAGGCCCGGAUGGAUUACUUGACCCUCAUGUCCAUGAACAAAGUGAGGUCUAAAGCUGAUCUGGACAUCUCUCAGCAAUGCGAGGCUCUGCUUUCCAGAGAGCCGACGUUCAGGUCUGUCAAAGAAAACACCAUUGGGAGUAAAGCAAUGAGAAAUGUCCUAUCGUAUUACCACCGAAUGCAGCAUUUUAAGACCAGGCUUCCAGACUCGGAGUGUGUCCUGCUGAUCCCACUGGUGGAGGCCAGCGUUGCAGACGCUACCCCCAGUACCUCUGUGGACACUGUGACCACUCUGCUGGUGGAGGAGUACAUCACUUUCAUGGAGUGCAGGCCGGCCUUCAUGAGAUCUCAGAGUCCUGGGGCCCGGGACGAUGCUGGAAGUGAGGAAGUCUUUGCAGAAGUCGCUCAGAUGCUCGACCAAAAAGAACAAGAGCUUUCAAACGCGGUGCGGGAAAUACACGCCAGACAAGGUGACAGUCCCCACCAGUCCUUACUGAGAGGAGUGAAGGCAAUUUUGCAGCCCAUUCUUACAGUCUUUUUUGUGGGCUACUUGAACAUGACUACACUACUUUAUAUCUGGGACCAAUACAUCAUAGGAAUUGAUAAACCUUCAUACAGCUGUGUUCCAGCAUUUUCCUUUGCUUUCAUCCAGCUUCUGAAAGAUCACUUGCAAGCCUGUCGCACGGAAGGGGAGCUGGCUGAGGUGCCAAAGUCCCGCGGCCCAGCUCUGGUCGUCCAGCAGUUCCGGGGGGUCAUCAGCAAACACUUUCACGGAGAUCUGUACAGCGCACUGACGAGGGAUGAGGCUGAAACCUUCCCCAUUCUGGAUCCAGUUCAAGCCUUUUUCCCCCCAUGGACUCAUUUGUCAAGCAAAGAGUUGCCUCUCCGAACCCGGCCUAAAGACAGGCGACUGGCAAGGGAGGAGCGGGCAGCUCGUAGGGCUGACCAACAACAACGAGCAGAGCGAGAGGAACAGCUACAAAGACUCAGGGCAGAGGAAGAAAUCAGGAGCCAGGAGGAGAGGCUGCAGAGACAGCUGGAAGAGACCAAGCGUGUCGGUAGUGAACAGAAGCUUUUUUUGGAAGAGCAGCUGGCUCAGGAAAGACAGCAUCGCUAUGAAAUGCAGAAAAGGGCAGAAGAGCAGAUUAGCCAGCUACAGGCUGAGAUAAAGAAGAUCAGAGAGGAAAAACUGGUCUCCACUGAUAUCUACACAGUCAGAAGUUUUGGAACCCCACCUCCAUCUCCCGAGUCGAAGACCUCUCGCCUGGACCGUCCCCCAAGCCCAGCGCCACAGCACGCACCGCCCCCAGCUGUACCCAUUGCAGUGUCUGCUGUCAGGCAAGUGAAUGGAAGGACUCCCGGGAGUGUGGCUGCUGAUCUCCUCCAGGCCGUAAUGCAGACCGCCAACACCAUUGUUAAUGGGCACAACAUGGAAAGAGAAGAACUCGAUUCCUCGACACAAGAUCAGCUUCACAGUUACAGAGAAGCAGUCAGAAAUGCAGAGUUGGAAGUGUGUGGCCGAUACCUGGAUGCUGACGAAGUGGAACACAUGACUGAGCCGGUGAAGUCCGAGCUAAAGAAAAGACUAGCUGCUGCCGUUAAAAGAGGAGUUGAGGCCCGUUACAGGGCCCGGGUCAUGCAAGCAAAGAAACCACUUCCAGAAUCCUUCAACCACAUAACAUGCUGAAGGACAGGUUUCAUGAGGAUUUUACAUUUGGAUGUAUAAACAUCUUGCAAAAACAUGUUUUACCUUUAAACUUUAAGGGAGAUCAUUUCUUUUUUCAAGUCCAACUCUUGCUUUACUAUCCUCUUGAAAAUUUACAAACUCAUCUGUAAAAAAAAAAAAAAGUUUCCAAAUAAAAUUGUCACCAAUUGCAAUUACACUGGUCAAAUCGCAUCCGUUUUGGUAAAUCGGAUCAAAAUCUUGUGGUGGUCACCUUACCACCCCACACCACCAAUAUUUAGCUUUCAAAAGAACACCCCAAACAUCAAUUCUGUUCAAUACUGAUACUU